CGAAUAUCUGAUGGAGCCUCACAACACAACGGGGGAAGCUGAGCUCUCUGCGUAGAUGAAUAUGGCCAAGACUUCAAAAGGGGACAGAGAGGGCUUUGUUGUGAAGUUUGUGGAAACCAAUCAGCGAAAAUCUGAACUUUCAUCCAAGGCCUAUGAGGCCAUCCUGGAGCUGCAGUCUGAAAAGUACCUGCAGACCAUCGAUGAGGAGACGGCACUGCACCUGGACCGCAAUGACAAGUCUCUGUAUGUCUUCAGCAACUUUUCCAGCCCUGCUUUUCAUCACUGCAGGAAGCUGGGGUGCAGAGUGGUGAGCCCGCUGGUCGUGCUCUACUGUCUGCAGCUGCAGCGCUGUGUGCCCAAGGCGGAGCAGCCAGUCUACAACAUGGCCAUGGCCGAUGUCACCAUCUCCUGCACCAGCCUGGACAAGGACACGCGGGCUGAGGUGAUGGAAUUGGUGCAGCUGAUGGGUGGCCGCGUGUACCGGGAUCUCAACGUGUCCGUCACACACCUGGUGGCUGGGGAGGUGGGCAGCAAGAAGUACCUGGUGGCCGCCAGCCUGGGCAAGCCCAUCUUGCUGCCCACCUGGGUCAGAGCAUGCUGGGAUAGAUCUCAGGACAGCCUGUUCCAGCACUCGGAGCUCCCCCUGGAGGAGUACCUGGUUCCUGUGCUGCGCGGCUGCACGGUGUGUGUCACGGGCCUGACGACCGUGGAGCGCAAGGAGGUGCAGCGGCUCUGUGAGCAGCAUGGAGGCCUCUACACUGGCCACCUCAAGAUGAACGAGUGCACGCACCUCAUCGUCGGCGACCCCAAAGGCCAGAAGUACGAGUGUGCGCGGAAGUGGAACGUGUACUGCGUGUCCUUGCACUGGCUGUUUGACAGCAUCGAGAAGGGCUUCUGCCAGGACGAGAGCCGCUAUCGCGUGGAGCCCCGAGCCCAGCCGGCCGGCCAGCCCAGCACCUCCACCCCGAGCGAUAAGAGGAAAGAUGCUGCUGCCCAGAUGCGGGGCACAUCUCUGCUGGGCGUGAGCCAGAUCUCCAACAUCAGCCUGACAUCUGUGAACGACUCGGCCCUCAGCACAGCCAUAGCCAGCCGCCUUGGGACGCCCGAUGCCCUGGACGCUCUGGACAGCACCACCUGCCCUGUGGAUGAUCUGCUGGACGGCUGCAAGCUCUUCCUGUGCGGACUCUCGGGGAAGAGGCUGGAGAAGGUGCGGCGCAUGGUGAACAGUGCCGGCGGCCUGCGCUUCAGCCAGCCCAGCGAGGAGCUCACCCACGUCAUCAUGGGGGAGCCAGACCAUGACCUCGUCGGCUUCCUGUCCAAAGCCUCUCGCAGGCCCCACGUGGUGACAGUGCAGUGGCUGCUGGACAGCUUCUCCAAGGGCUGCCGGCUCCCGGAGGAGGGCUACUUCCACCCCGCCUGCCUGCCCCCUGCGCCGGCCUCCCCGGAGAUGCCUGCCGCCUGUGCCCCUCCCCGUACGCCCGUCUCCUCCUCCGCGGGGCCACCAUUUCCCAGCCCCAGCACUUCUCGCAAGAAGAAGGCAGAGGAGGAGCUGCUCUCACAGUACCUGGACCAAGAGCAGACUGUGGUUGAAGUGGCUCAGCCUGGCAGCAGUAGCAGAGGGCAGAGCACGCUCAUCCCGGAGCCAGAGGCUUUAAACCCAGAGCCAGUGCAGCAGCAGGACUCCACCCUCGCCGGCCCAGAGGAGGGCGGCCUGUUUUCGGGGAGGUGCUUCCUGCUGGUCGGCUUUGGCGCAGAGGCCGAGGUCCAGCUGUCAGCGCUGGUGGCGGAGAAUGGCGGGAAGGUGCUGGGUGCGCGCACACGCACGGUGGCCGACUACGCCAUCGUGCCGCUGCUGGGCUGUGAGGUGGAAGCCACCGUAGCGGAGGUCGCUACGGACACCUGGCUGGCGAUGUGUGUGGAGCAGCAACGUGCGCUGGAGCUGUACUCGCACCCCCUCUUCACCCCGCUGGCUGUGCUGGACGGCAGAGCCCCCCUAAAGGACUGCGUGCUGUCCGUCAGCCAGUUCACUGGGGCCGAGCGCGAGUCCCUUGUGGAGCUGGCCAAGCACCUGGGUGCCAGUGUACAGGACUGCUUCGUGCGCACAGCCAACCAGCGCAAGGGCAUGCUGGCCAGCACCCAUCUGGUGCUGAGGACCCCGGAGGGCAGCAAGUACCAGGCCGCGCAGAAGUGGGGGCUGCCCGCGGUGACCAUGCGCUGGGUGCUGGAGUCGGCCAGGAGGGGGCGCCGUGCCGACGAGAGCAACUUCCUUGUGGACCGUCCACCCUCUCCAGAGAGAGAGGAUGAGAGCUUCGUCGGGGGGUCUCAGAAGGCCCCUGAGCCUGCGCCCCGCGCCUCCCCGGAGAUCCCCCUACUGGGGCCACAAGGCGGGGCGACCGUCACCCCCCUGGACGUGGGUCGCUUCCAGAGCAAGGCCUUCCGCUCUGCGCUCAGGCAGGGUCGUCAACAGGAGGAUACGAUCCAGGAGCAGGAAGGCAGGAGAGCAGCCCAGAGAGAGCCCUCUCUGCAGCUGGACACGCCCUCCCGCUUCCUGUGCAGAGAUCAGCUCUUCAGACCAACUUUCAACGUCAAGGAUGCGUUGGCUGCUCUGGAGACCCCAGGGGGCAGGACACAGCAGGGCAGAGGGGUCGCAACCCCGCUGUCGGAGGUCAUCGGGAGGAACCUGCAGGUGGCCCUGGCCAACAGCACCCGCGGCCACAUCAGCGCGAUGACUGCCCUGACCGCCAGCCCUCAGCUGAGCAGGGAGCCGGAGCGCGCGGUGCAGGAGAAGCAGCCUGCUCCCCUGGCAGGCGUGGUGAUCUGCGUCAGCAAGAAGCUGAGCAAGAAGCAGAGCGAGCUGAACGCCAUCGCUGCCUCGCUGGGCGCAGACUUCAGGUGGUCCUGCGAUGACACGGUGACCCACUACAUCUACCAGGGGCGAGUCGGGGACAGCAGCCGGGAGUACAGGGCAGUGAAGGAGAGAGGGGUGCACGUGGUCUCCCAGCACUGGCUGCAGGCGUGUGCAGAGGAGCAGAAGCAUGUGUCCGAGUCCCUGUACCCCUUCACCUACAACCCCAAGAUGAGCCUGAACCUCAGCCAGGUGGCAGACAGCACACAGAGGUCACCCCCAGCAUCUCGCGCUCAGGCCAGAGACCUCACCGAGACCCCGGGGGACAGGUCCCUGUGUGGCCCGGAGGACAACGGCAAAGAAAGCAGAAAAACCCUACAGUGUGUCAGCAAUGGAGAUGCUGAGAAAGAGCCGGCAGAGCAGGACAACACGGAGCAGAGAGACCUGGCGGAGGCCCUGGAGAUGAGGGAGAACCUGCAGCGCCAGCUCCAGGAAAUCAUGUCAGCCACCACUCUGGCCAGUGGGCGGCGCUCUUCCACUAGGCUGGCGAGGGUUGGAUCGGGAGGGCUGGACACCAACCCGCACACCCCUGACAGCGCGGGCCGAGCCGGGAGGACGGGAAGGAGCCGCGCGCUAGAGGCCCUACGGCACUCCCGGCGGGCCGCCCCGGAGGUUAACACGGAGCCCUCGCAGAGCGAGCAGAUCGUGUGGGAUGACCCCACUGCGCGGGAGGAGCGCGCCAAGCUGGCCGACAACCUACAGUGGCCCGGCAGCCCCUCCCAGCACUCGGACCCACUGCCCCUGCAUGGCCUGGGGGGCGCGGUCAACGGCCACGCAGAGCCCAGAGACCACACCAGGGAGUCCAUGACCGACUCCGAGCUGGUGGAAAUGGCGGCCUGCGAUGUGAUCGAUGAGCACAUGGGAAAGAAGGCCUUAACGCCCCCCCAGGAGGAGACGGAGCCCCGGAUUCUCACCCCCCAGGCGCCCAGCAUCGCCUUCCCCAUCACCAACCCUCCCAUGCCACCCCAGCCGCAGGCGGAGGACAUUAGCGAGGCGGCGGAGGCCGAGGCAGAGCCGCCGCGGUUCCAGCUCUCAUCCCUCAACCCGCAGGAGCGAAUCAACUACAGCCACCUGAUAGAUGAGCUGGGAGGAGUGGUCCUGGACAAGCAGUGCUUCGACCCCAGCUGCUCCCACAUCAUCGUCGGACAGCCGCUGCGCAACGAGAAGUACCUGGCCGCCAUGGCCGCUGGGAAGUGGAUCCUGCACCGCUCCUACCUGGAGGCCUGCCGCGCUGUCGGCCGCUUCGUCCAGGAGGAGGACUAUGAGUGGGGCAGCAGCUCCAUCCUGGAAGCCCUGCCCGGCAUCAGCCCCCAGCAGCGCAGGCUGGCCCUGGCAGCCAUGAGGUGGCGGAGGAACCUGCAGGGCCAGCAGGGCCGAGAGGGAGCCUUCAGUGGUUGGACUGUCAUGCUGAAUAUCGACACAGCGCGAGAGGCGGGGUUCCGACGGCUCCUGCAGUCUGGGGGUGCCAAGGUGUUCCCCAGCCCCCUCCCCGCCCUCUACAAGGAGACCACACACCUGUUUGCAGACUUCAGCCGACUGAAGCCAGGCGACUUCCGUGUGAACGUACAGGAGGCUGUGGCCCAGGGGGUGAAGUGCCUGAAGCCAGAGUUCAUUGCCGACUACCUGAUGCAGGAGCCGUCGCCCACAGCGGAGCUGUAUUACCUGCCCGAGGCUGCGCAGCACCUGCAGGGCGAUGCCUGCAGCAGCCGAGCCACGCCGUCACGCAAGCGCAAAGCCUCCGGAGACUCCGCCACGCUGAAGAAGACCAGGCUCAUGUGAGACCGGGCCAGC